GCGCUACCUCUCUCACACUCACAACACAAAGUAACGAUGGAUUUUUUCGUUCCAGGAGUCUUGCGAGCCGGCCGCCCUGGCAUUGCCCCGGCCUCUGGAGGACGACUCGUCUGAGGACGUGACUCGCCCCAUGCCCCACCCUCUCUCACUCCCCUCCUUAUGGGAGGAAGAUGAGGCACGCGACGGGUUUGUGGAUGAGGUUGCUGUGAAGGUAGGCCCCUUCGACCCUCCCGCCCCCGCCAAGGACGUCAGCAGGCCCCUGGCCCAGGACGCCACCCGCUGCAACGGGCGAGUCUCUGUCUUCAAACGUUUGGGAGUGAAAGGUGAGGGGCAACGUGAGGACGUCGUUGGGGCCGCCGAGGCCGGCCCUGCCAUGGGCCUUGCGCAGCAUGAGGGCGAGGUCGCCGUGGGCGCCGAGACCGCCGAAGCCGGCGCUGCCAUGGUGCUUGUGCCCAAGGUCGCCGGGGGUGCCGAGGCCGCCGAGGCCGCCGAGGCCGGCCCUUCCAUGGGGCGGCAUCGCAUUGCCCACCAGCCAAAAAGAAUCCCUGCGCUGAAACGGUUGGGAGAGAAAAAGACGGUGGUCGGGAAGGACUUCGACCCGCGGGACGCUGCGCAGGCGAUGGCGCCGUACACGUACACUCCCCGGCCUGAGGCCCCGGCUCUGCAACACGUUGUCCACCCCCAGGAUCAACCACGGGCCGAGGCCCCUGCUCACGAGGCUCACCGUCAGGAGGCUCACCGUCAGGAGGCUCACCGUCAGCAGGUCAUUCAGGCCCAUCCUUAUGGAAGGCCCAAACUUACUACCAAGCAGGUGAAGGAAGCUCUGAAAAGGAGGCACGUGAAGAAGUAGAUGGAGGCUUUUUUUAAAAAAUCAUAUGUUUUGUAAUCAUGUUCUUUUUAGACAGUCCCUUAUUUUGUAAUUAAAUCAUGUUCAUCUCA